AUGCCCGCACACCAAAUUCAGAGCGACGAGACACCCCCACCUCUCAACGACCCCCUACCAAACCGUUUCUCUAAUAUUCAGGCUCGAGCCUUUCGUCGCACAAUCUUGUCUUCGGAACGACAAUCCGUCAGCCAGUGUCUUCUUGAUGCAGAAACCGAUCUCAAGGUAUAUCAGGCUGAGAUUGAUAGACUGAAGGCAAAAAUCAUGGUGUUGGAGACGAGAAGGGAUGGGUUGAAGGAGAGGAUAACGAAGUAUCGGUCGUUGAUGUCGCCUGUUCAUCGCAUGCCACCUGAGAUAUUGACACAUAUUCUCUCGUUCUGCUGCGAGAACGUCCUUCAACCUGGAACUCUGCAACUGGCUGUCCUCGCCUUAUCCUCUGUGUGUGGACGCUGGAGAGAGCUUGUCCUAGCAACACCUCGUUUUUGGUCAUCGCUGACCAUUAUGCUCCACGAAUGGGCAAAUAAAAAAGACACGGGCAUCUCAUCCUCAGACAGACAUAAUUUCUACCAUUGCACUGAAAUGUUCAUGCAACGUUCGAAAACGGAGCUAUUGGCUUUGGAGUUUUUUUCCUAUUAUGAUCAUCCGUUUGAGCCUCUCGAGGCUGGCCUCAACUGCCUUUUGGAUCAAUCCCAUCGCUGGCGCAGUGUCACUGUCGGAAUCCGCCGUGAUCCUCAUGUCAUCGGUACUUCAUCUUCACCCUUCCAACGUCUUCGAGGUCGUCUCCCAAAUUUGCGUCACCUGGCGCUGGAAUAUUAUGAGGAAUGUGCUGAAGAUUGGAUUACCUCCGAUAUGAAUCUGUUUAGUGCUUGCCCCUCAUUAACUUCCCUCAAGCUCAUGGCCGAUUUGGUACCAACUAGUACCAUUUUCCCAUGGGAGCAGAUGCAUUCAUUGCAGCUUUGUGUCGAUUCUUCUCAUGAUGCACUAAUACGAACCAUAAAAUUAUGCAAGAAUCUUCAGCAACUGAAAUUAGCCUAUGUGGACCACCCAUCCGAGUCUACCAUCGGCCCCAUCACUCCCCUCAACGAGAUGCAACACCUGUAUGUUAACCACGUGGAGGAUAAUGGCUCGUUUUUAUUCGACUCUUUUAGCCUCCCCGCCUUGUCAUCCCUCCAGAUUGAUGGACAUCACUAUGUAACUCACAUGGAUGUGGGUCCCUUGACAGGCUUCUUACUCCGCUCGUCAUGUUCAAUCACAUCGCUUCUUUUGAGUGAGGUCGGUCUAUACGGCACCCAGAUGUUCGACCUUCUUACGCUCAUGCCAACACUCGUAAAACUCUCUAUCCAUGAACGGGUAAUUCAUUAUGAAAUCAUGGCCCGAGGGGUUACGGCAACAUUUUUAGAACAGCUCGUUAUGAACGUAGGCGACGAACAGGCCGCUUGUUUCCUUCCUCGACUAGAAGACCUUACCCUCACAAUUGAACCCCUCGAAAGCUCCAGUCGACAAACUCUUCAACGUGUCCUCGCAUCGAGAAACGCUCUACUGCGCAUUUUCACACCCACAGUGAGGAACCUGAAGGCAGAGAUGGAUGUGGCAGACUACGAAUUACUGCGAUGUUUCAGAGCCGUUGGAAUGCGAGUAUCUGUCUCCUGCCAGAUUAGAGUUUUUCGACGCCGUAUUCCGGAAUGAGCCUUUGUAGUUCGACCUAACUAUAGCAGUACAGUCACAAAUACUCUGAUAUCUCAAAAUUUCACAAUCCAGAAACACCCAUGAUUGCA